CGUCGCCAACUCGGCCGAAGUAGUCUUGUACAUAUGUAUGUUCAUGUACAUGUACUGUAUGUACUGUACAUGUACAGUAGUACUGUAUGUACACACGAUUGGGUUUCUACAGUAUUCGACAUUGGACUUUUAGAGCGAUUGAGCCAUGGAGGGCGAGUCAUCUGCGCUGAGGGAUACCUGUUUGUGUUUGAGCGUCGUGGGUACCUCAAGGCAGGCGCCUUUGUUCCAGAGGUUGUCCUGGAACACCCAGAGCUCGUCCGUCAGCAGUACCGGGAGUUUGUUCAUGCCGGGAGUGAUGUAGUCCUUGCCUUUACGUACUACGCUCAUCGUGAGAAGCUGGCUUCUAUCGGCUGAGAGGCGGACCUGGAGCGGAUUAACCGACAGGCAUUACGUAUCGCCAGAGAAGUGGCUGACGAAACCGGUUCGCUCAUGGCAGGAAACAUCAGCAACACCGAGGUAUUCGACCCGGACGAUCUGGACUGCAUAUCAAAAAUCGACGCUAUGUUCAAGGAGCAGGUGGAAUGGGCAGUGCAAGAAGGGGUUGAUUACAUUGUAGGAGAGACAUUUGGAAGUUUUGGGGAGGCCAUGAUCGCGCUGAAAGCAAUCAGGAAAUAUGGCAAAGGCCUUCCCGCCGUCAUUACUCUGUCCCUAUGCCACAAUGUUAUCAAUGGUCAAUUGUGCACUUUCCACGGUGUGGAGAUGUACUCUGCCUUCCAGCAGUUGGAGGAAGCGGGUGCCACGUUCUUGAAACUCAACUGUGCCCGAGGGCCUGAAACCAUGGUACCUCUUCUGAAAGAUAUUAGGAGAGUACUAAAGGUCCCAAUUGCUGCCCUACCAGUGGUGUAUCGAACAACCGAGGCUGCCCCUAACAUGCAUGCAUUGAAAGAUCCAUUCACAGGUAAGCGACUCUUCCCGACCAACUUGGACUGUGCGGCCUGCUCUCGAGACGGCAUAGUGGCCUUUGGUAACCAGUGUCUCGAGCUAGGCAUUCAGUAUGUCGGUCUGUGUUGCGGUAACGCCCCACACUACACCCGUACUCUCAGCCAUGCAUCGACACCCAGCAUUGGGGGAGGAGGGCCCAACGAGAUUUGGCAAGGAUUUUCCAGAUCCCGUCCACGGGUUUGAAUCCAAAACCUUAGAGCGAGCAGUCUUUCUAUUGUACCGUAGAACGAAUGAUGGAUGAACUAAAAAAAUAUAUUUCAAAUGUUAGGUAAUUCUAAUUCCUUAACCUGUAUGUGUGAAGAAAUUGUAUGGUCAACAUAUUUAAGAAAAUCAAAUAAUUAGAAGAAAAACCUUGAACAAAUUUCGAAUUCGGGCAAUAUUUAUAAUCGACUUCAGUUCAGGCGUUGUUCUGGAGCUAGACCCUCUACUGUGAAGCCACAUUGUACCUUUCGCUACUGCUCUUUCUCUUUGGGAGAAAAAUAAUGUAUUUCUUGCAUAAUGAACCUGAACAUUAAUAAAAGAAUACUCAUUUAAAUUAUUUUGAAAAGGUUAUUAAUGCAUAGUUGCAAAUCCAAUAUUUAGCAGCCUUUUUAAGGGGGACCCUCCAGAACUGCGCUUUGUUCAGUUAUACAUCAAGUGGAAAGACAAAAUACUACGAGAGCUUUCAUCGUUUGUUUAUUGAACAUUGUUUGAUUUUUUUUUUGCGCAGUACAAGUUUCAUCUAAAGCGACUUCUUCCCUGCAUAAUUCACAUUACAGAUUAUUACAAAUUUUAGCAGUCAGUUAUCUUUUCACACAGUAAGCUUUUAAGGGAAAGUCGAAUUAAAGUACAUGUAAAUUAAUUUUAGACUGUUAUUCUUAACGCAAGUGUUACAGUACAAAACAAUUAAUAAGCAAAUCUUUAUUUUAAUUGGUAUACAUCUGCGCAUUAAGAUUUCAUUGUAUAUGAACAUAAAUAUUUAUUGUGUAUCGUUUAAUAUAUUUGUAUAAAAUAUUUUGGUUGCAUUGGCAUAUCAUGAAAAUACAUGUAAUAAGAUAAAAAAAAACUUGAAUUAAGUGGAGUAAUAUGCUCAAACCCAGUCACAUUGUCAGUGUAAAAUCAGCUAAACUGCUGAUUAAUUCACUGUACUGUGAUUUAAAGUAGCAGUUUUA